AGUAAUUCCUGAGGUGUGCGACGAAGAAACAGGUGCGGUCGUCCACUGUUGCAUUGUUGUUCUUUCUUUCUGUCGGUCAAAUAUUACCUUUUAAUAACGUCUCUCGUAUGAGAUAGGUAACGCAGUUAGUCAUCGUUCAUUAGUUAAGUGUUCAAUUCAUUGUCUUCUCGAUAAUUUUUCUGCCUCAUUUGGCUAAUGGUCUCUCAGCGAUUUAUGAACUUGAGGUGAACAAGAUUGUGUGAAUAUUAGACGGAAAAAUUCAAUUUCUAACCUGGAAUUUUAUGUUGGGAAAUCUAUGUCAAAAUGGUGGAGUAUAGACGUUCAGAGGGAAAGAGGAGGAGUUUAGCUGGCAAUGUAGGACUUGGUUUCUUCGCUUUCUCCUUCAUACUGAUAUUCAUUGCCUUUUGUACGACAAGCUGGCUUGUCUCUGAUAGGAGAAUAACAGGUGCCAAUAUGAACCGACUAGGCCUUUGGACACAUUGUUUCAGAUCCUUGAACAAUCCUUACAAUAAAGACCAGUUUUUUGUUGGAUGUAGAUGGCUCUAUGAUCCCUUCACUUCAGGUUAUGACGAGAUACGAGGACUUUUGGCACCAGGCUUCAUGAUAACGACUCAAAUAUUUUUCACAUUUUGUUUCUUAGCAGGUUUGGUUUGUGCAAUUUUGAGUUUAUUAUAUUUCUUGUGCUGGGGGCCAGAGCAAGACCAUUUCACCACACUGGUACAAUUGAAUUCUUACAUACUGUUAGCAGGAGGUUUAAGUGGUGGUAUAGCAGUAGUAGUUUUUGCAAUAUUUGGCAAUAGAAAUGGCUGGAUGCCUGGCCAUGAAAAUAACUUUUUUGGUUACUCUUUUGUAUUAGCUUGUGUAGGAAGUGUUUCUAUGUUAAUCGCAGCAUCACUUUUCCUAACUGACUUGUAUAUUCAUAAAAAAAAGAAGAAGGAGCUCAAAGAAUCUCAGUCAAGGUUUAACCUAGAAGCUAGAGGCUAGAUUUCAGUGCCUCCAAAUAAUGAUUCCCUCCAUAUGUACAAAGGAAUAAUAAAUAGAGAUUAAUCUUUUUUGACAGCUUUUAUAAUAAUGUAUUUCUCUUUUGGGAUUUUUGUCAAACGAUUUGACUAAUUCAAAUCUGGGUUUCCCGAAAUUCUAAAUAGAAUGUUUAUUUAAUUUUUUAAUAUUAUUUUUAUGUAAUUAGGUUCUUGAUCGAUAUGAAGUGACUAAUAUACUUGAGGAAUUUUCCAAUCAUUAUUUCUUUGAUUCCAAUAUGUAUUGGAAAUCUGAAUAAUCCUGAAGAGCACAUAUUUCUUUAUACAAGUAUAUUAUUUUUAUUGGUGUUUAUAUUUGUGGAAAAAUUGAAUCCUUUUGGGUUUGACUCUCUAAGAAAGACAUUCCAUGUCGAGUGAUGAAUGCAUUCCGUCCUGUUUUGAAAAGUUUUUUACAAUUUUAUAUACUACAUUGUUUUUUGUUUAAAAUAUAUGAUCGAUAUGUUAUUAAAUGUUUUAAUUGAUCAUACCACAUUUGUAUUAUUCUUGAUAAUUAAAUAAAGAGGAAUUUUUA